AUCCACUCACCAAAAUUUCAGAAACGCUCGCACCCUCCGCGUCUUUACCUUCUUCUCCAUCCACCUCCCUUCCCUUCCAUCCACGACAAUUUCACGCCAAAAAUAUCCAAAAAUAUAACAAAAAACACCCUCGAAACGUAGCAGUUUCAUCACACCACGAGGACCACGCCACAACUUUCCGCCACACACGCACAAAACACCGCCUUUACUCUCUCUCUCUCUCCUCACUUUCUCUCUCUACCCCCACUCUGUUUUUCCAUGAGGGAUUCGAUCCCUUCCUGAAAGCGCCCUCCUUUCUUUCAAUCUAUCUCAUGGCUUGCGUGAGCGAUGAGAGCUGGGUCCCUCUCCCCAAACUGCUCUCCGACCGCCUCUAUCUCCGGGAAGACGACCGCCGCGACGCCGACGAUGAUCAGUCCGGGUUUUUCGGGUCCGAGUCCACAGCGUACCGGUUGGAGAAGGUUUUUCCGGUUUAUGCAUUGGGGAUUUCGAAGCCCGAGUCCGACUCCGUUGUUGGACCCGCUUCCGUUUCCGGCGACCCGAUUUGGGAUGCAAUAAGGGAAGAGGCCAAGUUGGAGGCAGAAAAGGAGCCAAUUUUGAGUAGCUUCUUGUAUGCCAGCAUCUUGGCACAUGAUUGUUUAGAGCAGGCGUUGGGGUUUGUUCUCGCCAACAGACUGCAGAACCCGACGCUUUUGGCAACUCAACUGAUGGAUAUAUUCUAUGAUGUGAUGCUGCGUGAUGAAGAUAUUCAGCGAUCCAUUCGCUUAGAUGUGCAGGCAUUUAAAGACCGUGAUCCAGCCUGCUUGUCAUAUUGUUCGGCCCUAUUGUAUCUCAAGGGCUACCAUUCAUUGCAAGUACAUCGAGUAGCUCAUUCGUUGUGGAGUCAAGGACGUAAAGUAUUGGCCUUGGCAUUACAAAGCCGAAUUAGUGAGGUCUUUGGAGUGGACAUUCACCCAGCUGCAAAAAUUGGAGAGGGAAUACUGUUGGAUCAUGGUACUGGUGUGGUUAUUGGCGAAACUGCUGUUGUAGGAAACAGAGUUUCACUGAUGCACGGUGUGACUUUGGGGGGAACUGGGAAGGAAAUUGGUGAUCGUCAUCCAAAAGUAGGUGACGGCGCACUGAUUGGAGCCAGUGCAACUAUACUUGGGAAUAUCAAAAUAGGUCGAGGAGCAAUGGUAGCUGCUGGUUCGCUUGUGCUGAAAGAUGUCCCUCCACACAGCAUGGUGGCGGGAAUACCAGCAAAGGUGAUUGGAUAUGUAGACGAAAUAGAUCCUUCGUUAACAAUGAAGCACGAUGCUACCAAAGAAUUUUUUGAACAUGUAGCUGUGCAGCGUAGAGAUACAAGACCUGCUGGAGGUCAGAGCUCAGGAAGAAUUGAUGGGAGCAUUUGAAGUAUGUAGUUAGCGUAGAUCUUCGUUCCUAAAUUGCUAGCGUGAAGGCAGUUUGUGGUCUUCAGAGGAGAAGAUGACUUAUUUUAUCAGCUUGAAGUAUACAAUUUCAUUAAGCAUGUCCACCCUUCUGCUACCUAUGCUGAUGCUGAGCUUCUCGUACGAGCAGUUUAAAGUACCGGGAUUUUAAUCUAAGCACCUGAUUAUCUUUCUUUUUUUCUACCAAAACAAACAGCGAGAACCAGCAGCAAGUUUCUUACCGAUGAAAGAAUGAAUCCUCUGAUCGGAUCAGGAGAAGUCGAAGGUAGUUGAGGAUCGAUUAUUUAUCUUAUCGUAGUCAAAUUGAACUGCAUUAAUGUAUUGAAUGCAUCAGAAGAAUAGAAACUGAUAGGAGUUCUGAGUCAAGUCAUAUUUUUCCCUGUUAGCGGGUGAACAAUGUAAUCUUUCCAUAUGUGACAAUGGCUCAUUCAUUUACCGUAAAAAUUAACUUGAGAAAGCAA